AUGUUACCGACGUCUUCUCUUUUCCUUUUACUUCCGUGCAUACGCAACGAGGAUGAAGAGCCUUAUCUCACGCCGGAAGAGGAGUUACGCCGCAUGACGGAACAAGUCGAAGAAAGCCAGGAUACAGAUUUUGAAUUUGUCAAGUUUAUCAAAGGCAAUCUUCAUGAAACUGGUUGUCCUGCUGUAAUGUAUUUCAUUACCUUUCAAGGUAAAGCUUCUUCUGAUGAUGAGCCAAAAGAGUUCCGAGCAAAGGUCUGCUAUUUCUGUUAUGAACCGAACAUGUACCACUCCUGCGAGCUCAAACCUGAGAAAAAAGUUCACUUCAUUGAAACUGAGGAGAAAGAAGAUGCCAAGAAACGCAGGUUGGCACUGGGAGCUGUCUAA